AUGGGAUCCUACAAGCGUUCUCGCGCUUUCUUCUAUGUCGUUCUUUUCGCCUUCUCCACGGUCGCGCUUUCUCUCAGCGCUGGGCGCCUUGUGAGGAUCGGAGAGAACGCGAUGUCCAUCCUCAACUAUACGCCUUGGGACCGCCAGUCCGGCAAGCCCUACGACUUGCCAGGCUUGAUCGGCCUACCCCUUGGCCAGAUCGUGCGCUACGAGAAGAUCUUGACUGAGGUCCUGGUUGGCUCUUUGUUCUGUGCCCUGUGGGCGCUAUAUGCUUUGUUCACUAUGGUGGCGCGUCGCAAGUGGAACGUCUACACCCCUACCAUCGCCCUCGAAGUCGGCGCUCUUUCUGUUCUCUGGCUUCUCAUGCUCUUCGGCGCGGCGCUCGCCAAUGUUGAGCACGACCUCUGGUACCAAUACAGCUCGUACAUGACCAUCAUCCAACGCCUCUACUACCCCUACGCCUUCGAAUGCUGGUUCUCCGGCUCCUGCGACGACCUCCGCGCCAUGAUCGCCUUCUCCUGGUUGACGUGGAUCGUCCUCAGCCUCCUUAUCAUAUUCUCCAUCGCUGGUCCAGCGUCCAACGGCGCACUUGUGCCUUUCAUGGCGUCGAUGAAUGCCGGUGCGGAGCCCGUUGGAAAGACGGUCGUGUUUGAUGAGGAGGCGUUCGAGUACCAUACGGCACCGCUCAUUGGGCGCGAGUCCAGCUCAUCAGAGUAUGUGUCGGCGCCUGAAAACCAGUCAGGCGCCGAGGAGUCGACUGAGAAGAGCCGGUUGGUGGAGGAUGUGGAUUAA